CCGCUGCUACCACUAACCCGACUGCUAGAGAGAAACCGACGCGAUGCCCCCGAGAAAGAAAGCUGCUGCGAAGACUGACGUCGACGGGGCCGCGACGCCUGCCGCGACGCGUGCGAGCGGGCGCGCCCGCGCGCCGUCCGCGAAGGCUGCGGCCGUCGCGGCCGUUGCAGCCAGUGCGGCCCUUCCCGUCGAUACCCGGAUAAAAGCAACAGGGAAACCCCCCACGAAGGCCGCUGCGAAGGCGAAGGGCAAGGGCAAGCGGGCGCGGGAGGAGUCGGACGAUGAGGAAGACGCUGCUGCGCCUGCCGCCGGGGCCGCGGAUGACGAGGAAGAGGAGGAAGAGGAGGAGGUGAAGAAGCCGAAGGCCAAGCGCGCGCGGAAGGACACUGCGGGCGUGAGUGUGGAUGCGGACGCGGACAAGAAGAAACCCGCGAGCAAGCCUGCUAGCAAACCCGCGAGCAAACCCGCGGCCAAGAAGACGAAGGAUGUGGCGGACCUGCCGCAGAAGAUGGUCACCGUGGUGAAGCGCGGUGCCGCUCCAGUGGAUGGUUAUUCCGGUUUCGUCAUUAGCCACGAAGUGCUCGUCACCCCCGAGGGCGUUUGGGACGCGAUGCUGAACCAGACGGACCUCGGCAAGAACGCAAACAAAUUCUACCUCUUGCAGCUGCUCCAUCCCAUCGGCAACAACGCCAGCUGCAUCCUGCACACGCGCUGGGGCCGCGUUGGCGAGAAUGGCCAAUCUCAGCAGAAGGGCCCCUGGCCAGCCGCUACGGCCGUGAAUGAGUUCAAGAAACAGUUCAAGGCGAAGGCAGGGGUCAGCUGGGAACAGCGAGUGGGCAUGGUUCCUGCGAAAGGAAAAUACAUGUGGCUAGAGCGCUCUUAUGACGAUGAGGAGACCGCCGACGCGAAAAACGGCUCUGGAAAGAGUGGCGAGUCGAGCAGCCAGGAUGAUGAGAAGAUUCCGGACUCGACUCUGUCGCCCGAGAUUCAGACGCUCUGCAGGCUAAUCUUCAACUCCUCGUUGAUCGAUGCGCAUCUGUCGUCGAUGAACUACGACGCGAACAAACUUCCCCUGGGCAAAUUGGCCAAGUCGACCAUCCUGAACGGCUUUGCUGCGUUGAAGACGCUCUCAGAAAUCAUCGCCCAGCCCAACAGCAACGCCGCUCAGGCAUUGGGUGGGUACCGGCCAGCCGUCGAAACACUCACUGGUCGAUACUACUCGAUUAUUCCACACGUGUUCGGCAGGGAUAGACCCAUUGUGAUUGAUACCAUCGACAGGUUGAAGAAGGAACUGGAACUCGUCGAUGCACUCGGCGACAUGGAAAUCGCCUCAAAGCUAAUCUCGUCGACGAUCCCCCGUGACGCAGACGGGAACGCGGUGAACCCGCUCGACGGGCACUUCCGCUCGCUGCAGCUCUCGAAAAUGGAGCCCGUCGCGCGCGCGAGCCCCGAGUUCACCGCGCUCGAGCGGUACACGCGCGACACGCACGGCGCGACGCACAGGCACUACGGCGUCGACGUCUUGAGUGCGUUCCGCGUCGAGAGGGAGGACGAGACUGCAGCGUGGAUGAAGGCGGGCUUCGAUAGCGUUCCGGAUGGGGAACGUCUGCUGUUGUGGCAUGGGUCGCGCACGACGAACUUCGCAGGUAUCCUCAAGCAAGGCCUGCGCAUCGCGCCUCCAGAGGCGCCCGUCACUGGUUAUAUGUUCGGCAAGGGUGUCUACUUCGCGGAUGUGAUGUCGAAGUCUGCGAACUACUGUCAUACUCAUCUGAGCAACAACACCGGCCUGCUCCUCCUCUGCGAGGUCGCCGCGAAGCCCUUCUACGAGCAACACGAGGCCAACUACAACGCCGACGCCGAUUGCAAGGCCGCGGGUGCACGAGCGACGAAGGGCUUGGGCCGCUCGCAGCCUGGCGACUGGCAGGAUGCCGGGGCGGCGCUGAACCACCCCGAGCUGCGCGGCUGCCACAUGCCGAAGGGUCCCGCCGUGGACGUACAAGAUCCGAAGGGAUACCUCCAGUACAAUGAGUAUAUCGUGUACAACACCUCGCAGAUCCGUUUGCGGUACCUGUUGAUGGUCAAGAUGGGCUGAGCCUUCUAGAUAACUUGGCGUUAUUGCUUUCGCUUUCUAUCUUUGCUCUGGUGAUGUCGUUGUUGCACAACUACUGUAUGUAUCUUGCUGUUCGAAUUAGUAUUUGUGCGGCUGUAAUCAA